AUUAAAGGUAAACCGUUCAAAUUAUGAAGAGUUUUUAAAAAAUCUAUAUGCACCAAGUAGUGUUUCUUCUCAUUCAAAAGCUAACGACACAGCAUCAGGAUCAGGUAAUUUUGUUUUAAUUUUGUGAGUAUAUUUUAAAUAAAAAAUAAUUUGUUACAUAGGUUCUAAAGAACAGGAGUGUAUUUCUAGCACAUCAAGUGAUCUUGACGAUAAUCUAAUGGAAACCAGUGAAACAUCAGAUGAUGGUGACCAGUUUAUUGAUGAAGACAUUUUUAAAACAGAAGAUACUGAAACGCAAUUAUUGCCUUGUUCAAGUACCGAAUUAGGAAAUUGGGCAAUCCGACAUAAUAUUACACAUGCAGCUCUAAAAGAUCUCCUACAAAUAAUCAAGAGACAGUAUGAUUCUAGUUUAUUUAUCGAUGCUAGAACAUUAUUAAAAACGCCAAAAAAUACGAAAAAAAGUUGUAAAGUUAUACAGGGUGGAGAAUAUUGGCAUCAAGGUCUUGACGUUUGUCUAACGAACACUUUUAAAAACUUGUCAAAAGACAUGUUAAUACAGCUCAAUGUAAAUAUAGAUGGGUUGCCAAUAUAUAAAAGUUCCAAACGUCAGUUUUGGCCAAUUUUAUGUAGCAUAUAUGAAAUGCCUGAUAUACAACCUAUGAUUGUUGGCAUUUUCCAUGGAAAUAACAAGCCUCUAGAUAUAAAUGAAUUUUUGGAGCCUUUUGUUGAGGAUGUUAAGCGGCUGCAAUCAAAUGGACUCUGUGUUAAUGGGCAUAUGAUUCACAUAAAAAUUAGAUGCUUUAUCUGCGAUUCACCUGCACGGGCAUUUAUUAAAGGUGUAGUCAAUUUCAAUGGGAUUAAUGGAUGCCUUAAAUGCACUACUGAAGGCGAAUAUUCUUAUCUUUCUCGAACUGUUGUAUUUCCUGAUAUAAAAUGUCCUCUUAGAACUGAUGCAAAAUUCAGAAGUAAACAUUAUGGUAAGCACCAUAAAGGGCAAGAGUCACCAAUUUUGAAAAUUUCCGAAGUUGACAUGGUGCAGGAUUUUAUAGUAGCAGAUGAACUACAUCUUUUAGAGCUAGGUGUGAUGAAGCGUUGUCUAACAGGAUGGAAAGAUGGUUCUAUGGGUUUCUCAAAGUAA